AUGAAGGAAGAAGAUAUCCUCGCGCGCCAAUCCCGUCCGCAGAAGCACUCUACUUGGGUCCCCAAAACCCGCGACUGGCGUUACGCAACCGGAGUUUUCCAACAUGAUGACAACGAAAACGCGUCCAACGACCGUUCAGCGUGGGAUGACAUGGACUACGACUAUCAGGUUGCCGCUCCAGAGAAGGGCAGAAGUCGAAGCGGCAGUGGCCCAAGCGAUAGCGACACCAAAGGGGUCGAUGUAAGCGCCUCGGUAUCGGCUGCUCCAAAAAGCGCAAGGAAGAGAGCCCUAUCGGAUAUCCCGAAACCCACUGUAAAGGUUCGAGCAUUCAAGAGGAAGUCAAAGGCUGCGAGGAAGAACGUCUGGAUGUCAGUAGCAAAACGCCAGCGAAUCAGCCCUGAUGAUGUAGAGGGCGAAGAGCCAGACUACGAGACCUAUAGCUUGACCGUCAGGUUGCGCUUCUCAGGCAGGCUCAUCAUAGAGGAUGCGCUUCCGGCUGUAUCAACACCAGGCCCUAUGCAUCUCCAACAAUUACCAGACACACCUGCUAACUUCAGCAUGCCCUUCGAUCCUCACACCCCUGCCACAGCUCGCACCGCAGCCUCGCUCUACACACCACACAUGUCGCAUUCGGGCGAAUCCGUACACACAUAUCCUCCCUUCCAGCGUCCAUGGGUAGACGAAACAAAAGACUUCAAUAUGCGGGCCGUCCGCGGCGUUCUACAAAAGCCGGGAUUCGUAGGGAAGGACCUCGGAGUGCAUUAUACAUGGUACAACGACGCAGUCCCCAUAGACGCUCUGCUCCCCCCUGGAGUACCUCUAUCCGCCAAAGAAGUCAUGGCCUACUACCCCCAUCACGUCCGGUGGAAAAGCAUGAUGGUCCGACUAGCGAACAACGACUAUCGCGGUGCGGACAUCGUUGGUAUGCAAGCAUUCUUCCGUGGCCCCCCAACAACGGACAUCACGGCGGCAGUCAUGAAUCAGUUCCAGCGCGACUCAGUCAAGAAGAUCAUCGAGGGUUUCAAGACGGACACUAUCAACGGGAAGCAUGAUGCAAACUUACAUACCGACCACCUGGAGCCAGGCAGAUACAUCGCGGACAGACGUAGCGGCUAUGUGUUGCCGACAUUCAGUGAUCUCCUCGCUGGCCUGAACCAUCUACCGUCUGGGCUUGAUGCGCGUGGCCUGACAGAGUGUCUGAGCUGGUAUCUCCAUGUCCGGGACUCUUUUACGCCAAAGUUGGAGUUGAACGUUCUGCAUACCCAAGCUUUGAUCCGCGCGCUUCGCAUCCCGCUCAAGCGGUAUGGGCCUCAGAAUCUGGAUUGCAAUGCACUUAAAGAGUGGAAAGAGAAGGGGAGGUUUGAGGAGCGCAAGGUGUAUUACGAGCCAGCCAGACCUACGUCGACAGGAACAGGAGAUGAAGCGCAGAAGAGGUCGCAACUGCACAUGAACCUAGACAACCACGAAGUCAAGCUUGACUACCAACUCCAGCUUCGCCACGUCCUCACGCUCCCAUUUCUUACCCUCCACAGUGUUAUGGGCGAAGCGCUCAAACUGGGUAUCGAGAAAGCUGAGAACCGGAUGACUGAGCGGGUAACCGCUGAGGGGAAGAAGAUGUUGGAAGCCAAGUGGGCUGCGAGGGUAGCUGAGAACGCGGAACCAGAAGAACAGGUGCGGGAUGUGGAAGCGCAACAACCACAUGUGAUGGAAGAGAAGUUUGAACCGAUCAUGGAGACGAAUGACAGUGCAGAGAAGCCUAGUCGCGUUCCCCGAACGAGCCUCACGGCCGAAGCACUACGUACUCUUGCUCCGGCACCGAGGAGAGCACCUACUGCGCCGCCACCCAAUGGAGGGCCACCUGGUUACCGCGCACCAACUUCACCAUCAACGGGGACAUUUACCAGACAGCCUCAUGGAACGCCUGAGCCCAUGUACCUCGACCGAGCGUGGGGUACACCAUCCCCUUCUUCCGCAUAUGCGCCUCGCUCAGUGUAUGGAAGAAGGGAGUAUGAGUCGCCAAGGCAGAACGAUCAAAGGAAUGGGACGCAGCGUGGUGGGAGGGGAGAUGAUCGUAGUGGAGCACAUCGUCCGAGAGAUUGGUAA